AUUUACGUAAAAUGAUAGAUAUUUUAGUCUCGCAUAAUCGUAUACACUCGUACAUUCAUUCAUUUACGCUAGUGUUUCGUGGCAAGAAGAUCAAAUUCUGCUGUUGUGAGUUUUGUAGCUCCUAUUUGUACUGUGUCUUGAAAUAAUCUGGAUACCUAACCAGAAAAUUUGAAAGAAAAACGAAAACCAGUCAAGGAAAAUAACCACACCGAGCUGAAAGACAUGCAUUCCAAAUCGUAUCUUCAUUUCACCAUUUUUAUGGGGUUCCUGAGCAUCGCAGUUCACGGAUUCCUUGAGGAUAGUUCCGACACACCUUCCACGAGUGAACCAAUUAUGUCCAUUGCUCUUCCUAAAAACAUAUCUGAUUCCCUAUCAAAACCUUUCUUCGAGUGGAUUGAACAGAUAAGGGUAGCACAAGUUCAAUUGGAAAUCGAGACGAGAGAUUUGGAAAAACGAGACAUUGAAUUGAGUCUGAAAGAAAAAGAGGUUGAAAAACAAAAAAAUGGAAUAAAAAGCCAAGAGGAGCUACUCAAGCAAAAGGAAGAAUACAUCAAUAAAACAGGAGCGGAACUCAGAAAUAAAGAAGAAAAUAUUGAAUCGAGAGAAACUCAGGUUCAGACAAAAGAACAAAGCGUUGAUCAGAAAGAAAAAGAAAUUAAAAUCAAAUUGAUAUCCAUCAAAGAACAAGAAGAACAAAUUAAACAGAAGGAAGAAAAUCUAAAUGCGACACAAAUGGAAAUAAGAAACCAGCAGCAACGUUUGAAAACUCUGGAAGAGGAGUACAAACGAAAAGAAACUGCUAUAGAAUUCCAAAAGUUUGAAAUAGCUAAACAAGUACAACUAGUUGAACAAAAAGAAGAAAGUGUCAAUGAAACUAAAUUGUUGAUGAAAGUUUCAGAAGCUAUCUUACAGCAAAGGGAAGAAACCUUGAAAAAUAGAGAAAUUGAAAUUUUGGCAGAAAAAGAUCGUAUUAAAAAAUGGAGUGAAAUUGUGAAUCAACAAUUUGAAAUGAUCAAACAACAAGCAGAAACUCUCAAUAAAAUCAACUCCCAAAUAAAACUUGGAGAGGCAGAAGUGAGACAAAAGGAAGAUAUAAUCAAUAAAAAAGAAAUCGAAGUGAAAAACAAUGAAGAACUUUUAAGAAAACAAAAACAACAAUUGAAUCAAAAUGUACAGAAUAAAUUAGAAAAAUUAGAAACUGACAUAAGGACGCAGAUGCAGAAAGUCCAAUAGAACGAAGAAGUACUUAGUCACAAACAUAGAACAAAAAUUGAAGCAAAAUUCAAAUGUCACGAAUGAAACAAAAAUUCUGUACUGAAAAUUUAUCUAGAAAAAAAUGUGUUUUAAGAUUUGUUUCAUACCUAUUUAGUUAUAUUAUCUAUGUAAACUAAAUCUUGUUAGCAUUCUAAGAAAAAGUAAAAAAUAUUUUAAAAA